GACAAAAAGGUGAAAGCAAUCCAUCUACAUCCGAAUUUCAGCAUUUACUCAAAGAAAAAUCGUGGCAUUGAUGAGUUUUAUGACUACGACAUCGCUGUUAUUGAACUGAACGAUGCUAUCAACAAAAUAAAGAUUUCACCAAAAGCCCGUCCUAUUUGCAUUCCCUGUACUGAUGCGUCGAGGAGGGCACUGCGACUGAAACCUGAAGCGACCUGCAAAGAUCAAAUAGAUUAUCUCUUCUCCAACGACGUAGUCAAUGCAUUUUUUGUGACAGGAACAGAAUCACAAAUGAAAAACAUGAAUGUUAAAAUAAAACUAAAGAACCAGCCUUUACUGAAAUGUAAUGAAGACGCAUUAAAGGCUCCUCUGUACACAAAAGUCAACGACUGGAAGGAGGUGGUGACCGACAGAUUCCUCUGCACAGGAGGCACAGACCCACAAAUCGACGAGGUCACAUGCAAAGGAGAUUCUGGGGGCUCCCUUGUAAUUAAAAGGGAAAGAAGAGCUUUUCAGGUCGGAGUGAUAAGCUGGGGUAACAAGAAUCUGUGCCAACCAAAGAGAAGACAUUCUGAUCCAGACUCACGCGACUACCAUACCAACCUUCUUAAAGUUCAAGACUUUUUAGAAAAGAAGCUUCCACACCUCAAAUUCAUAAAGAAAUAAUUUAAACAUUUAACUUAGUAAAUGUAAUACUAUUUUUGUAUGGUUAACUAAAUAAGUGCAUGUAAUGAACUAUGCUUUUGUAUUCUGCUAAAUAUGACUUGUAAUAUAUAAGUUGAGUGCUUUAUUUUAGUGUGUGUUUUAUGUUAGAAUUAG